GUGUCGAAUUUUGUUAUUGUGCAAAAAAAACACGUAUAGUUAAUCAAAUUGACUGAAAUAAAAAAAAUAACGUUAAUUAUAAGAAUUUUAGAUACUAAAUAUUUGGAAAACAAAGAAAAAUGAAUAGUCUAAUUCAUGUCGCGUUUCUUUUGUUUACUUAUUUCAUUUCUGCCACAAUUUCUGAGUUUACGGAUGCUGAUUGUCGUGAACUAGGAUUUAUCAAAUCUCAACUACUUUGUUCUUCGUGUGAUAACUUGAAAGACUUUGGUCUAGAAGAGAUCAAAUCUCAAUGUAUGGAGUGUUGCCAAAAAGAAUCUGCCGGCGCAGUAUCACGAAAAUAUCCAAAAGCUAUCCUCGAAGUCUGUACUUGUAAGUUCGGAACUUAUCCACAAAUUCAAGCAUUCAUAAAGUCAGAAAGACCCAGCAAAUUCAAAAAUCUCCAAAUCAAAUAUUUGCGUGGACUCGAUCCGCAAAUAAAACUUCUCGAUAAGAAAGGAAACGUCGUUGAAACUUUAAGUAUCACAAAGUGGAACACAGACACUGUUCAAGAAUUCUUCGAGACUUAUCUUGAGCAGCCCGAAGACGAACCUGAUUAUCUGCGAACAAACAGAGUUUGAGGCCAGACUCUCAAGGAAAUUAUUUUGUAAGAAGCUUCAUUUUGAUUCUAAUAAAGUUCGAUAAGAAGGAUAAAGCAACAGAG